GUGUCAAAUUGGUUUGCUAAUGCAAGACGUCGGCUUAUGAAUACUGUUCGACAGCCGGAUUUAAGCUGGGCUUUAAGAAUUAAAUUGUACAACAAGUAUGUUCAAGGAAGUGCUGAGCGGCUUAGUGUAAGCAGCGACGAUUCAUGUUCUGAAGACAGAGAAAAUCCUCCAAGAAACCACAUAAAUGAAGGGGGCUAUAAUAAUCCAGUUCACCAUCCUGUGAUUAAAAGUGAAAGCUCAGUCAUAAAAGCUGAAGUGAUCAGGCCAGAGUCACGGGCCAGUGAGGAGUACGUAUCACCCCCCCAAAUACAAGAGCAGCCUAUUGAAUCGUUACCUUAACGACUCUUUGAGACAUGUCAUGGCCACAAACGCUGCCAUGAUGGGAAAGACAAGGCAAAGAAACCAUUCGGGAUCUUUUAGUUCCAACGAAUUUGAGGAAGAAUUGGUGUCUCCCUCGUCAUCAGAAACCGAAGACAACUUCGUCUGUCAUACAGGUAAGUCUGCACUUUUCAUGAUACCUUGUUUAAAACAGAACUAAAACUGCAGCAGUUGGUCUA